AUGGCUAUAGCUGCAAUUGACUGUCCCUGCUGUAAUUUACCAGAAUGGCUGGAGAUCUUUGAGCGAUUUUUACACUCUGUGUCAAAAUCUAAAUUACUCUGCGACCAAGCCACCCCAAAUCUGUGUUGGUCUGUCAACUCAAAUGGAUCCACUUGUGGAAUGAAGUGUGCAGACCAGCCCAUCUUCUCUACAGAGCAGGCUAGAAGCCAUACGUCCAGGAUGUACUGCAGAGGGCUUGGUGGAAGUCAGUGCAAGAGAGACACAAAAAUACUUCCUGAAUCCAGAGGCCCCAAUUUUCGUGAGGUACGGUAUACUCAUGUUUGA